UGCUCUAUUUAUCUAUAAAUAAAGCAUAACUUCAUCUAUCUUGGAGGGAGACACACUCGAAGAGAGAGAAAGAUACCUCGAUUCGAAUUCGAUUUUCGUUUCUCACUCUUCCCCCUAUGGCGAAACCUCGCAAGACCAAGAACAACGAAGACCCCAAGCCCGAAAACUCUGGUGCCCUAGUUCACCACCAGAAGCUAUGUCUCUCAAUUGACAUCGACAAACGCCUAGUCCACGGGUACACUGAAUUGGAGAUUGCGGUGCCGGAGAUUGGGAUCGUAGGGUUGCACGCGGAGAAUUUAGGGAUUGAGAGUGUUUGGGUCGAUGGUGAGCCCACGGAGUUCGAGUAUUACCCGCAUCAGCAGCAGCAGGUGGAAGAUGAUAAGAGGUUUAGUUCUGUGUGUUCUCCUAGCUCUGCUGCCGAUGCUGCUGUCUCAGUGUACAUGUCCUCUCUGGAGAAGGAGCUGGUUCCCAAUUUACUUAUUAACUGCUGUAAACCUUCCAAGACUGAAAGUGAACAACAGCAGGAGCAACCAGUUCCCGAGAACGGGUUUCACUCCACGGCCGAGCCCAAACAGAAUGUGAGAAUUGUUCGUAUUGACUAUUGGAUAGAAAAGGCAGAGACAGGAAUCCACUUCAGAAAUAAUCUUCUUCAUACUGAUAAUCAGAUAAGGAGAGCUAGAUGUUGGUUCCCCUGUAUAGAUGACAAUUCACAACGAUGCUGCUAUGACCUGGAGUUCACCGUAGCACACAAUCUUGUGGCUGUUAGUACGGGAUUCUUGCUUUAUCAGGUCUUAAGCAAGGACAAUCCUCCUAGGAAAACAUAUGUUUAUAAAUUGGAUGUUCCAGUAGCUGCAAGGUGGAUAUCUUUGGCUGUUGCCCCAUUUGAAAUUCUUCCUGAUCACCAAUUUAGUCUCAUAUCACACAUGUGCUUGAUGCCUAAUCUGUCAAAGAUGCGGAAUACAGUGGAAUUUUUCCACAGUGCCUUCAGCUGCUAUAAGGAUUAUCUUGCUGUAGACUUCCCAUUUGACUCAUACACGCAAGUUUUCAUAGAGCCAGAGACGGCUGUGUCUUCACUGAGUUUAGGGGCCUCUAUGAGUAUAUUUAGUUCACAAGUUUUGUUUGAUGAGAAGGUUAUUGAUCAGACUAUUGAUACAAGGGCAAAACUUGCAUAUGCUCUUGCAAGACAGUGGUUUGGCGUGUAUAUCACUCCGGAGACUCCAAAUGAUGAGUGGCUCUUGGAUGGACUUGCUGGCUUCUUGACAGAUUUUUAUAUCAAGAAACAUUUGGGAAAUAAUGAGGCCCGAUAUCGGAGAUACAAGGCAAAUUGUGCGGUUUGCAAAGUUGAUAAUGGUGGAGCGACAGCUUUGAGCUGUUCAGCUUCCUGCAAGGAUUUAUAUGGAACUCAGUGUAUUGGUUUGUAUGGAAAAAUAAGAUCGUGGAAGUCUGUGGCUGUUCUUCAGAUGUUGGAAAAGCAAAUGGGUCCUGAAUCUUUCCGUAGAAUUUUACAAACGAUAGUUUCUCGAGCUCAAGAUAAAACACGUUCCAUGAAGACUCUAAGUACUAAGGAGUUUCGACAUUUUGCCAAUAAGGUUGGGAAUCUUGAACGUCCGUUUCUUAAGGAUUUCUUUCCACGGUGGGUUGGUUCUUGUGGGUGUCCUGUUUUAAGGAUGGGGUUUUCCUAUAACAAAAGGAAGAAUAUGGUUGAAUUAGCUGUGUUGCGAGGAUGUACAGCGUUGCAGACUUCAACUACAUCCACUCUUGAUAUUAAUCCAGAGACAGAAAAUAGAGAUGGAGAUACUGGAUGGCCUGGUAUGAUGAGCAUCAGGGUAUAUGAACUUGAAGGUAUGUAUGACCAUCCUAUUCUGCCAAUGGCUGGUGAAGCAUGGCAGCUACUGGAAAUACAAUGCCACUCAAAGCUUGCUGCUAGACGCUUUCAGAAGCCCAAGAAAGGGUUAAAACAUGAUGGAUCUGAUGAUAAUGGUGACGUGCCUUCCAUGGAUGUGCGCUCAAAUACUGAGUCCCCUUUAUUAUGGAUCAGAGCAGAUCCUGAUAUGGAGUACCUUGCCGAGGUUCACUUUAACCAACCUGUUCAGAUGUGGAUCAAUCAAUUAGAGAAGGACAAAGAUGUUAUUGCUCAGGCACAAGCAAUUGCAGCCCUUAAGGCAUCACCACAACUAUCAUUUUCAAUUGUAAACGCCCUAAACAAUUUUCUCGGUGACUCCAAGGCCUUUUGGAGAGUACGGAUUGAAGCAGCAUUUGCAUUGGCAAAUUCAGCAUCCGAGGAAACUGAUUUUUCUGGUCUACUCCAUUUGGUGAAAUUUUACAAGAGUCGAAGGUUUGAUCCUGACAUUGGACUUCCAAAGCCGAAUGAUUUUCAUGAUUUUGCUGAGUAUUUUGUUCUUGAGGUAAUGCAAGGAGGUUAUUGAAAUUUGGUAGCUGUGAUCUGUACGCAGUUUUACAUUGCUUAUUGAAAUGUAAGCAGUGGUCAGUGUGGUGUGCUUAGCUGUAUUCAUUUGCUUAAUUAUCGUGAUGCAUUAAAUGACACCAGAUAUGUACUGUAUGAAGGUUUAAGUAGGAGUGAAUAUGUCUAUGUUAGUUGUACCUGUAAACCCAAAUGAUUAAACAUUUUCAGUUUGAUUCCAUGGUUUGAGAAAAAAGAAAAACAUUAGUCUCUGGGUUUCAUUUGGAGACAAUGAUCAUUCUGAAAGAAUAAAUGAUUGCUUUGGGAAUUAUAACAUUUUCUGAACUCGUAUAUUUAUCUGGGGAGUGAUAUUUUGAGUCUCAAUGCGAAGGACACAAACGUCUCACAAUGACUGUUGUGGUUUUGAUGUGUUUGUCACCUAGGAUGCUUCUAACCUCGUACAAAUUACUUUCGGUGUGCUCUAUUUUGAUUUCUUCUACUGUCUAGUUUUAUGGUGAUAAACUUGUGUGCAUUAUGAAUUAAAUAAGUUCAAACUUACAAUUUGUGUUGUCAUCAUCUGGUGAUCCUACGGCCUUUUGUAUUGGAAUCUUGAUCUUUGUUAACCUGGUCGCUCCACCCUCACGAACUUUGCUGCUCUUGUGCUAAUUAUAAUGCCAUCCAUGAACUAAGAUUCCCAUAUCCCUUUUACAAACUAUAAUGUCAUCCAUGAAAUACCCCCUUUUCAAAUUAUAAUAUUAUCCAUGAACUCGACCCUUACUUAUCUGUGAUCAUUUACAUUCUUUUCUUUUACAAUGGUUUGUUGUGUUUACAAUUGAAUAUUGAAUGUCUUGUUUAUGAUAUGUUUUUGUCAGUUACCUUUUGUGAUGGUAAUUCUGAACUGGUUUGCAUAUUCUUCUUGUGGCUGUAUAAUGAAUAAUUGUUUAUUGAUGUGCUUUUAAAACGUGGCAAGUCAUUUUUGGGUAAAUAAAUUGUUGUUGUAGGCUAUUCCCCAUGCUGUUGCCAUGGUUAGAGCUGCUGACAAGAAAAGCCCAAGAGAGGCUAUCGAGUUUGUUCUACAGCUAUUGAAGGUUAUUGUUUAUGUUAGACUUUGUUUUAUUA